CAUAUAAUGAAAACAUCAUUCAUUUUUAGCAGUUCGUUGAUUGGUUAAGAUCGAAGGUGUAUUUGAUUGUAGUACAACUCCAUACAACGCGAAGGAGCGUAACAAGCAAGGUCGACAAUGCCUACUGUUGAAGAAAACAGAUUGCAGUCGUUUCACAAUAUUGUCAAGGACUACAUCGCAUACAAACUUCGGCAGCAUAAUAUUUUUUUGGCUGGUUAUCAUGAGAAUUCGUCUCCUUCGGCGGCUGCCUGUCAUUUGCGACGAGUCGCGGACGAACUAAUAGAGGAGAACAGUCAGUUAUUCGAUUCCAUGUGCGACCAACUUCACCUCACACAUGCCACAACAUAUUCCACUUUUGUCGGAAUUGCGGAUGAAAUUUUCCAAAGUGGAAAAAACUGGGGCCGAAUAGUAGCGUUUCUGGCGUUUGGAGCCACACUAGCGGUGUAUUGUGCGCAAAAAGAGGAUUUGGCUCAGAAUAUCGAUAACAUUGUUGAAUGGCUCUCGGUCUACAUGGACCAGAACCUCAGCGGUUGGAUUGACGACAAUGGCGGAUGGGUGAGUACUGUUGGACAUGCAACUGAUCUGUGAAUUCGUGUCCAUGUCAAGUAAUAGUAAUAGGUUUACAAGGAGGGAAAAAGUCAUUCACAGAUGCAGUAAAACAUGCACAGUGCAGUAAAAACGCUGAUUCACUGACUAUCGUGCGCGGUUUGUUGACAAUAAGAACCAAAGGGAUUUCAAAUAUGUGGAAAUAUCUUCAAAAAAAUAUCUAGCGUUUUUUUUUUUAGAAUUGUUUUCGAAAUCAAAAAUCUCCUUUUUCCUUUGCUUCGUGGAUCGAAGGUUGAAAUUUUCGGAAGGUUUCUUCUGUUUCCUUAAUUUCUUCUUUUGCAUUGGCGUGGAAGUGCCAAGCUUGAGCUCAACAGGAUGUCUUAUAUGAGUUUAAGCCUACUACAAGAUUUUUCCUACCACAAAAACGCAGAUUAAAGAAUCCAAAAAACAUUUUCUUUUGCUGGGCAGAAAAAUGUUUCACGAUUUUAGGCUAAAUUUAAUUCUCGUAUCCUCUUCCUGUCGGGUGAUGUUUUCGAUCGUGUAUUUUCAAGAAUAGAACUAGCUCUUCCCGGGGGAUUUCACUCUGUAUGGCAACCUUUCAUUACACACAUAAAUUACAAAUGGUUUCAGUUUUUACAGAUACGUAGUUCGAAUUCAAAUCUCAAAUAAUAUUAAAAUAAAACUGAAUAGCUAGUAUUUUCGAACAUUUUCUUUACUAUUCAAUAAACUAUAUUAUAUUAACUUAAGCUUGUAUUGGUGCAGGGUUUUUUUCAAAAUGACUUGGUAAUUUGGGAAUAAAGUCUGUCUUUGCCAGAAAGUUCUCGUCGGCGCCAAGACACGUCUCUUGUCUGCAGAUAGAAGUGUUUGGAAUCGUGUUGUAGUAAAAGUGCGGAAACUCAUACAUUUCCAUAUAUGUCGCAUUUGUGGUAAGAUGGAAAGAUAAAACAUUAC